GGGGGUGCGGGUUUGUGCGUGUCACUCGCGUGGCUGGCCGCCUCCAUUGAUUGGCUGGCUGUGAUUACCGGCACACUUCUGUGCGCGGCGUGGACGCGCCGCGGGCGUCCUGAUGUUAAUGAGCAGCUCCCCCGGCACGGGGCAGACCUGCCGCACCAUUCAUCCACCUCAUCCUGGGCGCGGGGGGGCGCACGAGCGGGGGCCGGUCAUUGUCCGGCUGCCGUAUAUAAGCGGGCUGAGGCCGGUCGUGUGCCAGGCUCACCGGCUCACGCGAGCUGACCCAGAGCACUGAGACCCACGUGACGCGUGCCGCCAGUCCCCUCCAGCACACGGCCGGUCCCGCCGGACCCGAGCUCUGAGAACUCCUGCACCCCUUCAGAUCGGAACCCGUCCCGCCGCGGCAUGGACUCUGCGUAUUCGGACAUCGACAGCAACAGCUGCGACUUUUACUCGCACACCGAUGACGAGGACGCCCGCGUGCCGCGCCCAGCCUCCCCGGAGCGCGAGCAACAGCAGAGGAAACGGCGCCGCGGCCGCGCGCGCUCCGAUGCCACCGUGCAGGUGGUGAAGAAGAACCGGCGGCUGAAGGCCAACGACCGGGAACGGAACCGCAUGCACAACCUGAACGACGCGCUGGACGCGCUGCGCGGCGUCCUGCCGGCGUUCCCGGACGAAACCAAGCUGACCAAGAUCGAGACUCUGCGCUUUGCGCACAACUACAUCUGGGCUCUGUCCGAGACCAUCCGCAUCGCAGACCUGCAGGCGGGGAGGCGCAGCGACGCCCCUCUGCUGAUCAGCCCCUCGUGCCUGCGCGAGACCCCGAGCCCCGCCAGCGACCCGUCCGCGUGGAGCCCCAGCGGCUCGUCGUCCGCCUCCUCGCCGGCGUACUGCACGUCCAGCCCGGGCAGCCCCGCCGCGCCGGAGGACUACAGCUGCCUGCAGCAGGACGCGCUGUUCGCCUUCCGCAGCUUCGUGCCGGGCAUCUACUGAGGCGCGCGCGAGGACAAGUUUAUGUUGGAACCAAUUACCCACGUUUGCCUUAUACCCAACUCCCUGCUGCAAAGAGCGCGCGCGGCAACAGCGUAGCGCGCGCGGCUCCCGUCGGAGGUGAAAAGUCAGACUGAAUUAGUAAAGUGAUGAAGCAGAAAACUGAGCGUGAAAAUGGAGUUCCAAAGGCCUGAAAAGAGCCGCGCACGAGCUCUCUUCAUUGUUAUCUGUCUGUCACUCACUCACAUGCACGCGCGCAUUCACACACCCUCUCUGUUUGAUUCUUGUUUUAAUUUAUUUUUAUAGUAACGACAAAUCUGUAUUUUGUACAUAAAGAGAUUUUUAUUCUAUUUACUGAAACU